AUGGCUCGUCCGACUAUUCAUAAAACAGUUCAAGAAAGAAUGGAGGCUGCCCGAGAAAAGCACAGACACUAUUAUGCCAAAGACACAAUCUUACAAUGGCGGAGGGUGCUUGGUGUAAAGAAACAUGAUAAGGAAGCAGAGGCAUUAGCAAAAGAGAUCUUGAAGGCUGUGGCGAAAGCAUUGCAUGGCUGUGAUAAUGAUGAUAAGUCUGAAUCGGACACUGACAAUUCCAGUGACAAUGACGAAAUCGACAUACUAUCCAAUCUUCCAGCAUGCUUACUCGCUAUCAAAGUCGCCAAGGACAACAUGCUCACAUUGAUUGGUGCCGACCCCUGCGAGUUUGCCAAGGACAAGUUGGCCGAGUACGUCAAGAGCAUCCCAGAUGAUUGCAGUACUAAGGGUGAUAUCUCUAUCAUCAUGAAUUCAAUCGACGAAAUCCUGAAUUUCUGUGGUCUCUCACCCGAGUGGCAUGCCGCUGACACAGUCUCUCAAUUCUUGGAGACUACAGCCGCAUACUUGGAGGACAUUUAG